CCACACAAGAGUGAGACUCACUGAACAAUCUCCAACAGCCUGUUGCAGAUCUGAGUCAAGGGAGAUUGCUGUCAUUGGUGAGGAUGCAUCCUCUAUUGAGGGUAACGUGAAUGUCCUGCAUAUCCAGUACAGCAAGAUGCGACCAGACACCUUGGUAGUCAAAGACCGAAUGCAGCGAACUUUUGAAUGGCGAAGAAGGGAGAUAAGAGAUGGGAUGACUGUGGAGGAUAUACUUAAGAAAUACCCUUUCUUAAAAACAACCUCAGGGUUGUGUGAUGAAGUUGACCGAAUGCAUUUAUCAACUGUCAGCUUAAGCCAGCGCUUCAAGGACGGCUUUACUAGUAUUGUGCCAAAGGUGCUUCAGCUUGUUCAAAGAAAUGCUCCAUUAGCCAAAAUCUACAAAGAAGCAAGAGAAGAGAUGCUUGCAGAAGAUCUACCAGAUUAUGACUUUCGUGCAGCGCUUAUUCUGCUGCCCCACAUCUUUAAAGAGAAAGUUGAGAGCUUCAUCACAUUGGGAGAGUCUGAUGCUGAUACUCCAUACCCAACCAUACAAUUGGUAGAAACUGACUGGAAAAUGGCUUUCUCCAAAAGGCUUCAAGUCAUUGUCAAAGUUGAUGGUGUGGAGGUGUGCAGGGGAAUAGGAGUUGAAGAAGGAACACUUGCAGCCUUCAGUGCUUACCAUGUUUUCAACUUGGCUUAUCCACCCUACAUGAAGAAUACACUGACCUUCCUGCAGCAUGCCAUAGCAAAAAUUACUGAGGUGGAUGGCAAGCCCCUUCCAAUAACUGUCACCCGAAUAAUUAAUAUCCUGUGCUGAAAAUGCCACAACAAUAUCGAUGCACAAGGUGUAGAAGAAAAACCUUCACCUUAAUGAAACUCAUUCAACAUGUUGGUCUGGUUCACAACCAUGAACCCAAUUUCAGCAUCACUUGUGGACUGAAUAACUGCAAGUCAUCUUUUACAGUAUAUGGGUCUUUCAGGCGUCAUGUCUAUUGGAAACAUAGAAAGCUUGUUCUACCUCACGAUGAUAUGGAUGCGACUGAAUACAUGGACAAUGAUUUUGAGGAAAUGGACAGUCACAAUGAUCUGGAGUAAACCAAUGAGCUACUACAUGCUAGGAUAGAUGAAAUCCAUCCACUUAGUAGGAAUGAGCUUUUGACAAACUUUAUAGAAAAUCUCUUCAGCUUUUUUCUUAAAUGUAGAGAAAAAAAUCACAUUCCACUGUCCAGCAGGAAAUAGUGAAUGACAUAAAUUUUUUAUUUUGUUAUUUUAAAGAGAAUUACGACUCUUUUAUUACGUACCAUCUUCAAAAAAAUGGGUUCAACAUUUUAGAAUGUCCUGAAAUAAGAUAAAUGGUACAGUCAAGAGAUUUUUUUGAAGACGCUUCCAAAAUUGUUAGCUCUCCUUACAUGUUGAAAGACCAUUGUAAAUCUAAGCUUAGGCUGGUCUAACCGGUACAUCAUAUUUUGAGAUCACCUAGUGGACACAAAAUAGGCACAUAUUCAUAUGUACCCAUCACUGAGGUUUUAAGGAACUAUUGCUCACAUGAGGACAUCCAUCCAUCCAUUUUCUACCGCUUAUCCGAACUACCUCGGGUCACGGGGAGCCUGCGCCUAUCUCAGGAGUCAUCGGGCAUCAAGGCAGGAUACACCCUGGAUGGAGUGCCAACCCAUCGCAGGGCACACACACUCACUCAUUCACUCCACAUGAGGACAUAUUUGAUGAAAUUCAAGCAAACAGCUAUUUAGACAGAGAUCCAGAUUAUUUAAGUGACUACUCGGAUGGUACAUAUUUCAAGGAACAUCCCUUCUUUAAAGCUAAUCCGCAUGCCUUACGUCUUCAUUUUAAUGAAGACGAAUUUGAAGUUGUCAACCCCUUAGGUUCAAAGAAAACCAAGCACAAGCUCUGCGCUUUUUAUUAUACGGUAGGCAACGUUAGACAUUGCUCAAAACUGAAGCACAUUCAUCUGGCUUUAUUAGUACGACAAACUUUUGUAAAACGCUGUGGUUUAGCGAAUGUCUUAAAACCGAUGUUAGACGAUCUUAAAAAACUUCAAAGUGAAGGGUUCAUGGUAACUGUAGAUGGGAUUGAGCAGACUAUUCAUGCUGCACUAGCAACAUUUUCAGCAGACAAUCUUUCGGCACAUAUGUUAGCUGGGUUUACAAUGUCGUUUAACUCUGCUAGAAUUUGUCGCUAUUGCAUGGCAACCCACAACGAAAUAAAAGAGAAAUUUAGAGAGAGUGAUUUUGUUUGAAGAACCCCAGAGGUACACCAGUACCAUCUAACGUGUAUUGAAAACACUGAGGAUAAAAGAAUAUAUGGUGUAAACUAUGGUUCACCAUUUAAUGAACUGAACUAUUUUGAUGUGACAAAGGCAUUUCCGCCUGAUAUAAUGCAUGAUUUAUUAGAGGGAGUCAUUCCUCUUAUAAUGAAGCUAGUUCUGAGCUGGGCUCACAAAGAAAAGCAUAUUACUAUUCAAGAGUUAAACGGUGAACUAAAGCAACUGUCCAUUG